AUGAACCCUCGAUCCUUCAUUGGCAAGCGCCUCGGCGACCACGACAUCCCGACGCCAACGGCCGUCCUCGACCGGGCCGUUGUCGAGCGCAACUGCACCAGCAUGCUCGCCGCCGUGCAGAACAUGAAUCUCGGCUGGCGGGCCCAUAUUAAAACACACAAGGGGCGUGCAACUGGUCAUGUUACAGUCGAGCUGACCCGCUUGCAAGUCGGCGACAAACUACCAGUCCGGCUCAUCGUCUCGACCGUUCUUGAGGCCGAACGCAUCCUCCCGCUGCUCAAAGCAUACCAGACCCAGACGACGCCCGCACCCCGUUCCGUCAACGUCUUGUACGGCGUGCCGCUGUAUGCGGCCGCCGUGCCCCGUCUGGCAGCCGUGGCGCGCGAGCUGGGACCCGGCGGCGUCUCCGUGCUGAUCGACCACCCCGACCAGAUUGCCGUCGCACAGCAGCUGGUCAAGGCAGCCGGCACGUCGGUGCGCGCGUUUGUCAAGGUCGAUAUGGGCUCGCAUCGCGCCGGCGUGGUGCUCGGUUCCAGCCAGUUCACAGCCACCAUCCAGCGCGUGCUCGGGGCGCAUACGACCCUCGCCGGCGAGGGCCUGUCGUUCUACGGCCUCUACUGCCAUGCGGGCCACUCGUACGACGCACGCGAACCCUGGGCGUCGCUGGCCCACCUCGUCGCCGAGUUCACGGCACUCGGCGAGGCAGCGCAGGCGGUACGGGCCAUGGCUCAGGACGACACGCCGGUCGCUGCGGCGGCGGCUGGUGCGCAGCCUUGGCCGCUGGUUCUGUCCGUGGGUGCGUCGCCGACGGCGGCCUCGCUCCGGCAUCCCGACCUGGGCGGCGGCGACGCGAGCAGGACGGCUGAUGCGGGUGGCCGUGCAGGUGCUGCGGCAAAGGAAAACGCAGCCACGCUGCGGGCCAAGCUGGACGACCUCGCGUCCCAGGGCUACGAGCUCGAAGUCCACGCUGGCGUGCAGCCCGUGCUCGAUCUCCAGCAGCUGGCGACGCACUCCUAUGGCGGUGGUGGUGGCCGUGCCGAGACCGACGACUUGGCUCUGACGGUCGUGGCCGAUGUGGUCUCGGCCUACCCCGGUCGGGGUGCCCAGGGCGGCGACGAGUUCUUGGUCAAUGCCGGCUGCUUGGCCCUCGGCCGAGAACCCGUCAAGAACGUGCCGCUGGUGUCGGGGGCUGGAGACGGGCCAGUGUAUACGGGCUGGGGCAUUGUCCAGCCGUGGACGAGCGACAGUGUUGCCAGUGCUGGUGCUGGCAGCCGCGUCGUGCCACCGGGUGCCGACUUCCCGCGACUGCUGCCGGCGGACGGUGACCUGGGCUGGUGGCAGGUGGGCCGCAUCAGCCAAGAGCACGGCAUCCUGACCUGGGCAGGUGGACCGCCACCGUCCGCCGCGUCCCUCCAGCCGCAACUCGGCCAGCGGCUUCGAAUCUGGCCCAACCAUGCGUGCAUCGCCGGUGCCGGUUUCAGCUACUACCUCAUCGUAGACAGCACGAGCGAGAACCCGGAUCAGGUCGUGGACGUGUGGGAGCGGUGGACGGGUUGGUAA